UUUGCUUUUUUGUCAUAUGUGAUAUUUAGAAGUGUAAAACAUGGCGCUUAACCUGACUGUGAAAGUUCAUCCCGUAGUUCUAUUUCAAAUUGUAGAUGCUUAUGAACGCCGAAAAGCCGAAUCUCAUCGUGUUAUUGGAACAUUAUUAGGUACUACGGAAAAAGGAAUAGUCGAAGUUACAAACUGUUUCUGUGUGCCACAUAAAGAAUCUGAAAGUCAAGUAGAGGCUGAUUUAACAUAUGGAAUUGAUUUAUACGAAUUAAAUCAUAGGGUUAAUGCCCAGGAAAAUAUUGUUGGGUGGUGGGCAACCGGAAACGAGGUUACAACUCAUUCUUCUGUCAUUCAUGAAUAUUAUGUUCGUGAAUGCAAUAAUCCUGUUCAUUUAACUGUUGAUACUACAUUAGCAAAUAUUACUAGGAUGGGAAUCAAAGCUUAUGUUUGUGUUCCAUUAGGAGUACCUAAUGGGAAACAAGGUUCUAUGUUUACACCAGUAAAAGUACAAAUUACUUGUUAUGAGCCAGAGAUUGUUGGAUUACAGCUUUGCUCUAAAACUCAGUUACCAGCUCAUGCACAAAUAACUGCUGUAAAAACAGGGGGAGGCAUAGAACCAAUGAUGGAUCUUUCUCAAAUAGCAGAAGCUAGUGCUAAACUUUCUUCAAUGCUGGAACAAGUACUUGUGUAUGUUGAUGAUGUAUUAACUGGAAAGCAACUACCAGAUAAUCAAGUUGGUCGUGCUCUUUUGGAUAUGGUACAUUCAGUACCUAAAAUGUCAAGUGAUCAGUUUGAUGAAAUGUUUAAUAGUAAUGUGAAAGAUUUAUUGAUGGUUGUUGCACUCUCACAAUUGAUAAAAACACAGCUUCAACUUAAUGAAAAACUUACAUUACUCACAACAAUAUAA